CUGGCUGGGCUCUGCAUGUGCACCCUCUCUGCUCGCUCAGUACUUCGCCCUCUAAGUCGUCUUCCUUCUUGUCUCGUUUCCAUUCUUUUGAUUCUCUCUCCUAAAAGUCAGUACCAAAACCCACUUGUAUAUAUACAAAAUAAACCCACAUCCUUUUCUCUCAAUUUCUGUUAUCUCUAUAUCUCGAUAUGUCUCCUCUUCAACAACCACCAACCCUCUCUGAUUCUUUUUCUUCUUCUUCUGCUUCUGCGUCUGCUUCUGCUUCCUGGUUCUUUCCCUACCCUAAGCUCCGGUUCUUCACCCGCAUACGCCGCUUCCUCCGCUCUAAAUCUUUCUCCAAACGCUCUUCUCCCUCUGCCCGCUUCGAGGACGAGACGGUCAUUCAAGGGAUGGGGGAGGAGGAGGAGUCGUUGGGGUUGCAGAGAUCGGUGAAGAGGCUUCACUUUGGGAGCUGGGAGGAGAAGGAGGUUGCCGCUAUGGAGAUCAGGAGACUCGCCCAGGAAGAUGUCAAGACCAGGAAGUCGCUGGCGGAGCUCGGCGUUGUACCGCCCUUGGUGGCGAUGGUUGUUUCGCCUGUCGUCGGGCGCCGGAGGUUGGCGGUUCAGACUUUGAUCGAGCUCGCUAAUGGAACAUACACGAACAAGGCCCUCAUGGUGGAAGCAGGACUCCUAUCAAACCUACCACAAAACACAGACACCAUAGAUGAGUCAACAAUGCAUGAAUUCGCACGGCUCCUGCUGUCGAUAUCUUUUCUAACCAACACCCAAUUCCCUCUCAAUUCAACCGAAAUUCUCCCAUUUCUUGUGGCCAUUCUUGAGUCGGGUUCAAGCAUUGAAACCAAAGAGUCAUGUAUAUGCACUCUGUACAAUCUCUCUGCCGUGUUAGACAAUUCUGGGCCUUUGGUCAAUGGUGGGGUGGUGCAGUCUCUUUUGAGGUUGGUAUCAGUAAAGGAAGUCUCCGAGAAAGCACUAGCCACACUAGGGAAUUUGGUUGUGACCAUGAUGGGGAAAAAGGCAGUGGAGAAUAGUACAUUGGUGCCUGAGAGUUUGAUAGAGAUCAUGACAUGGGAGGACAAGCCCAAGUGCCAAGAACUGUCUGCAUACAUUCUGAUGAUCCUAGCUCAUCAAAGCUCAGUACAACGACAAAAAAUGGCUAAGGCAGGGAUUGUCCCUGUGAUGCUUGAAGUGGCCCUAUUGGGAAGUCCUCUAGCUCAAAAAAGAGUACUAAAACUAUUACAGUGGUUCAAAGACGAGCGGCAAACAAGAAUGGGGCCUCAUUCCGGGCCACAGGCCGGGAGGUAUGUGAUGGGUUCGCCCAUGAACCAGAGGGAGACGCUUGAAGGAAAGAAACUGAUGAAGACGAUGGUAAAGCAAAGUCUAAAUAAGAAUAUGGAGAUGAUUACACGACGGGCUAAUGCUGCAACCGCUGCUUCCACGCUCAAGACCUUGGUUAUCAGCACAAGUUCUAAGAGCUUGCCUUACUAGAAGGCUCAUAGAUCAUAGCGCACACGAUUUUCAAACUUCCGUUAGAAAUGCCCAGAACUGGAAGGCAUGGAAUGGAUGGUCUUUCACCUUUCAUUUUUGGAAUGCAUGCAUUUCUUGUACAAUGGAUUAGUUUGUUGUACAUUAUGGAAAAUAACUUUUUUUUUGGUUUUCCAAUAUGGAAAACUAUGAAAUUUUUUUGGGAUCAGAGAAAAUGUCACAUUUGAGAA